AUGAUGUCACAGCACCUGUCAAGCAUGUUCGAGCAACUCGGUAACUUCACCAAGAACAACUUGAACAGCAAGUUAAAAGAGAAAGAGAAGACCAGCGUGAAUCACGUCAACCAGUCUCCGCAUAAGACGCCCCCCGCGCCCUUGAAGAAGCCCUGCAAAUUGCGCAACGUUUCUUCUAAGGCAGAAUCCUAUGAUUCUAUGUAUGGAAAUAGUCAGCUGGAUACAACUGAACUUUAA